AUGUCAGAGAUGGACAGCUCAAGUGAGAGCGGUGAUUCUCUUCACGAGAAGGUCAUCGACUCUUUCCGCGCCGAGAAAGAAGAAGCCAUCCUCAAGGCGUGUAAACAGCGGGACCUCACCAAGCUACGAGCCCUCGCUGAAUCUCAUGGGGGAUUCCUCAGCGAUGAGAUCCGUCAACAAGCAUGGCCCAUCCUCCUAGGCAUACCACCAAAAUACGACCAAGACUCCGAACCUUCCUGGGAAUCCCUCCCCCCUCACAAAGACGAAGACCAAGUCCAACUAGACGUCGACCGCGCCUUCUGCUACUACCCCGAGCACGAAACCGAGCACGAGCGCAACCUGCAAAAAUUCCAGCUCUCCUCUCUCAUCCUCUCCGUCCUCCGUCGCUACCCUUACCUGCACUACUUCCAAGGCUACCACGACAUCUGCCAAGUCCUUCUCCUCGUCCUGCCCCCCUCCCUGCGCUCCAUCGCCCUCGCCCGCCUCUCGGCCCUGCGCAUCCGCGACUUCAUGCUCCCAAACUUGCAAGCCGCCAUCGCCCAACUCCGGCUCAUCCCCGACAUUCUAAGGGUAUCUGACCCCAAGCUCUGGCGGCAUUUAUCCGGCACCGAGCCCUUCUUCGCUUUGAGUGGGACACUAACGAUGUACGCGCACGACAUCACCACUUUGGGAGAAAUCACGCGGCUAUUCGAUGUGCUUCUUGCUCGAGAACCGGUGUUCAGCGUUUACAUGUUCGCCGCCAUCGUCCGGUCACGGAGGGAGGAGUUGUUUGAUACACCGGAGGACGAGCCGGAGAUGUUACAUUCCAUCUUGUCGAAACUUCCCAAGCCGUUGAAUCUGGAAGGUCUGAUUAAGGAUACGGUGGCGUUGUUUGAAAACUAUCCGCCGGAACGGUUGCCGAGUUGGAGGUGGGGAAUUUCAGGGAAUAGUGUGCUUAAGACUGCUAGAGAAGAGACAGGGACUGGGAAGGAGCAGGGGACAGAAAGGAGGGGAGGGGGAGGGGGAGUGGCGACGGGCCAGACGAUGGAGGAUGGGAAGAGGUUUUUUGAGAAGCAGGUUAGGGAGUUGAUGUGGAUGGAGAGGGGCAAGAAGGCGAAGAAGUGGAUUGGAAGAAUAGGAGGCCGGUGA